AGAAAGGGAGAAUGAGGCCUGGACUGCAGUGCUGGUCUUUAAUAGUACACUUUAAAAAAUCACCAGCUGAGCUCCUUCCUCAGGGACCAACCUGCCGAAUGGAAGAGGGCACUCAUUAACUUUAGACUUGGAUGCCAGUGCUUCAUGCUGAGUUUAAGUUCAUACCCCCUGCACGGACAAGCAAAAAUAAUGUUUCACCACUGCUUUGCACUGACGUCGUACCUGAAGUACAAGACCCGGAGUAUCAGCCCCAUACUUUCUCUCUUCGCAGGUACUGAGGAGGGGGUGCUGCGCACCAGCUCUGAAUUUGGGGAUAACCCGAGGUCCGAGGGGUCAGGUGCCACUUUCAUCACAGCACGGCUUCCUCCACUCUUCCCAUGCUGUCCUUGCUCCCCGGACUCACUCUUCGCCUUCUCCUUCAGGGGCAGGGAUGGCUUUCCCAAGAGCGGUGCAUCCCCACCGGCCGGAGAUGCUGCGGGUACCGCGGCGGGGCUGCACCCACGGCACUGCAGGAAACCGGGAUCCUCCGGCGCCCCUCCUUCCCUUCCUCCGCUCUACCUUCCCUUUCAAAACACUACUCAUAACAAUAAAAAAAAAAAGCGGCUGGUUUUUUGCAGCCCCGGGAACGGAAAGCGGCGGCAGCGCGGCGCGGCCGGGCAGGCGCGGUGCUGCCGCCGGGCGAGGCGGCGGCGGCGGGAGGAGGAGGAGGAGGAGGAGGAGGAAGAGAAGGAGGAGGAAGAAGAGGAGGCGGGCAGUCGAGCUGCACCGCUCCGCUCGGCUCCGGGGAAGUUUUCUCGGCGAAACCCCUCCCCGCCCAGCGCGGCUCCUCGCCACUUACCGCGCCUGGGGAGCCGCCGGGCCCGAGCCUCCACCCGGGAGGCCCCGCGGAGUGUGUGUGUGUACUAGGACUGUUUGAACCUCACUGUAACUAAUAGUCCGUAUGUAAUUUGGAAGAAGAAAUCUUCAAUGGAAGACCCCCAGGGAAUAAAUGGGAAGUCUGUGCAGAAGUCCCAAACUGGUUCAGAUGUUGCUGUUUCCUCCAGUUGCAGGUCUAUGGAAAUGCAGGAUCUAGCCAGCCCACAUAGCCGACUAAGUGGUAGUAGUGAAUCCCCCAGUGGUCCAAAACUUGAUAACUCUCAUAUAAAUAAUAAUUCCAUGACACCCAAUGGCGCAGAAGUUAAAACAGAACCAAUGAGCAGCAGUGAGAUUGCUACUACUACUACCACAGACGGGUCUUUAGACAAUUUCUCAGGAUCAGCAAUUGGAAGCAGUGGUUUCAGCCCAAGACAAACACACCAGUUCUCCCCACCACAGAUUUACCCUUCGAACAGACCAUACCCACAUAUUCUUCCUACCCCCUCUUCACAAACGAUGGCUGCAUAUGAGACACAGUUUACAACAGUGACACAAGCUACAGCUUACGCCACCUACCCGCAGCCCGGACAGCCCUAUGGAAUCCCUUCGUAUGGUGCAUUGUGGGCAGGCAUCAAGACAGAAGGUGGAUUGGCACAGUCACAGUCACCUGGACAGACAGGAUUUCUAAGCUACGGUGCCAGCUUUAGCACACCUCAACCUGGACAGGCUCCCUAUAGCUACCAGAUGCAAGGCAGCAGUUUUACAACAUCAUCAGGAAUAUAUGCGGGAAAUAAUUCACUCACAAAUUCUACUGGAUUUAAUAGUUCACAGCAGGAAUAUCCCUCUUAUCCCAGUUUGGCAGGGCCAUAUGCACAGUAUUAUAAUAGCUCACCGUAUCCCUCGCAUUACAUGACAAACAGCAACACCAGCCCGACGACACCCUCCACAAAUGCAACAUACCAGCUUCAAGAACCACCAUCUGGCAUCACCAGUCAAGCGGUUACAGAUCCUGCAGCAGCAGAAUACAGUACAAUCCAUAGUCCAUCAACACCUAUUAAAGAUUCGGAUUCAGAUAGAUUGCGUCGUAGUUCAGAUGGAAAAUCACGUGGACGUGGCAGAAGAAACAAUAAUCCUUCACCACCACCAGAUUCUGACCUAGAGAGAGUAUUCAUUUGGGAUUUGGAUGAGACAAUCAAUUUCCAUUCCUUGCUUACAGGGUCCUAUGCUAACAGAUAUGGAAGGGAUCCACCAACCUCAGUGUCUCUUGGACUCCGAAUGGAAGAGAUGAUUUUCAAUUUGGCAGACACUCAUCUAUUCUUUAAUGAUUUAGAAGAAUGCGACCAGGUUCACAUUGAUGACGUGUCUUCAGAUGACAACGGUCAAGAUUUAAGUACCUAUAACUUUGGAACGGAUGGCUUUCCCGCAGCCGCCACCAGUGCUAAUUUGUGCCUCGCAACGGGGGUGCGUGGAGGAGUCGACUGGAUGAGAAAAUUGGCUUUCCGCUACAGACGAGUAAAAGAAAUAUACAAUACCUACAAAAACAAUGUUGGAGGUCUUCUUGGUCCAGCAAAAAGAGAGGCAUGGUUACAACUAAGAGCAGAAAUUGAAGCUUUGACAGAUUCUUGGUUAACACUUGCACUGAAAGCACUCACCCUUAUUCAUUCAAGGACAAAUUGUGUGAAUAUUCUUGUAACAACUACUCAACUAAUUCCAGCUCUGGCAAAAGUCUUGUUGUAUGGAUUAGGGGUCGUAUUUCCCAUAGAGAAUAUUUACAGCGCAACUAAAAUAGGAAAGGAAAGUUGUUUUGAGCGAAUAAUUCAGAGAUUUGGAAGGAAAGUAGUGUAUGUGGUUAUAGGGGAUGGUGUUGAAGAAGAACAAGGCGCAAAGAAGCAUGCUAUGCCAUUUUGGAGGAUCUCGAGCCACUCUGACCUUAUGGCCCUUCACCAUGCCUUGGAACUGGAGUACUUGUAGCAGCUCAGCAGCACUUUGAAACCCCAGAGCCUCCUUCUGCCCAUGGACGGUAUGCCUGUGUCUUGUGUCAGCAUUGGACUACAGAACUUUGUGAUUUCAACAUGUUGACGUACAGCUGCAAUUGGUCUUAACCCUUGCCCUUUCAGUAAAUGGAGGAGCAUGUCUCUUUGUUCAGAACAGCUGUUGACUCCGGUACUGCAAGUCCAACGAAAAUAAGCCAUGCGAAUGUUUUAACAACUCAUCUUUACCAUAUUUGCUACCAAAAAGAAAUGGAAAAGGAAAAAAAAAAAAAAGAAAAAAAAAGGAAAUAAAAGGUUCGUACCUGUGAAGAAAAAAAGGACCUGCAAGUGCUUUGUUGUUUUUAGACUCUUCAAUGUGACACACACCGUUUCUUCAACACAGCGAACUUGAUUGCACAAUGAAGACUGAGACUUUUCAAAAUACCAGUGGAGUAAUUUUCUUGUAAAGAAGGUUUACUUUUUGGUUUCUCAUACCCAGGGUACUCUGUACAUCUUUACUUAUUUAUGAACAGACUAUAUUUUGACAUCAUAUAACUGAGGAUAUGUAUAAUAGGAAUAAAGGCUAUUAUAAGCCUUUGCCGUAUGGUACAGCAACUACUUUUGAUUUUAGCACAUUACAGAGUAGUUUAAAAUAUGUCUAAUUUAAACAAAUAGGUACAUCACUGAGACAAUCAUGUACAGGAAGAAUUUUUUGUGUAAAUUUGUAAUAAUGAAUGAUUCUUUUACAUAUUGUUAAGGUAAAUGCUAUUGAAAGAUAGUAAUGCCUUGUUGGUAAAGAAUGAGGCCACAUGUGCACAAACUGUUGUGCAGUGCCUUAUCAAUGCGUUGGUUAUAAAUAUGUAGAUAAUGGAUUUUUUUAGAUAAAUUUGUCAAGACCAAAAGCAUGGAUGUCAAGUGUCAAUAGGAAUUGGGUUUUGUUCUUUUCAGCUACUUCUCUACCUUUUUCCUCGCUCACCUACUCUGAUUAUGAAAAGAUCAAUUUCGUUUCCCCCACUAAGGAAAUAUACAUAAUACACAACCAAAGAGGAAUGCAUUGCUGUCUUCUGUUUCCUCUUUUAAUGUCAACAUAUUAACCCUUUUUUAGAGUAUUGAAAAAUGAAUUAACAGAUUCAUUCCAUAAAGAAAUAUAGAGAGAACACAAAUAUAUUUUAAGACAUGACUUAAACUGGCAUCUAGGUACCAAAUAGUUUUUGUCUUGUCCAAAAAUAAAGGAAAUUAUCAUCAUCGUUAUUUUUAGAAAUUAGAAAUGGGAAUAUUUUGGAGAAAUUGAACAAGGAUACUCAUAUACAUUUAAGUUUUUUAAUCCUCUUCCACCAGGAGUCAGAUUUUCCUAAGAUAUAACAUCCAUUGCCGGCAAUGGAAAUACUGAAAUACUUAUUGCCAAGGAGUUAAAAUUUGCUUUUCUCUAUAUCCACUUAUAGGACAAACCUAAACUGUGUCUGUCUGUGACUUGUGACUUUUCUAAUCUUGAAGGCGAUGAGCUACUUGGUCAGAUAAACUGUCAGUCUGACUUUUUGGCUUGAAUUGUACCAAUUCCCUUUGCCUGAUUUGAAUCUCU